AUGCUGCCUUUGUGCAGUCAUGAACGACGCGUCCUCGAGGCCACGAUAGAUCUCUACACGGCAGAUCACGGAUCUAGUGCGGUGCCAGGCCGUCAUCUUUUCCUCUGUACAAUAGUACUACUUCUGAACAUUGUCCUUCCAACAUCCAACCACAUAACUUUUAAUUUCAUCUUCUCGGACUUCACACGCAAAGAAGGCAUAGACAUGGAUAAACCACAAGUCUCAAUACCACCCGCUGCAAAUGUACUUGGUACACUUGGAACUGUGUACGUAAAUGGCCUUUGCUGGUGCGUUCAGAUAAUACCACAAAUAUGGCAUAAUUGGCGACGAAAGAACACGGAGGGACUACCCGGUACCAUGUUGAUUCUCUGGUCCAUAUGCGGUGUACCCUUCGGUGUCUAUGCAAUUGUGCAGAAUUUCAACUUUGCUCUCAAGUUCCAGCCGCAAGCAUUCGCUGGGCUCACCCUCAUUGCCUGGGGACAAACAUUAUACUACCACAACAAAUGGAAAGCAUGGACAGCUACUGUAGCGACGAUUGCACUUGCUGGCAGCUUUGCUAUUAUGGAAAUGAUCCUCAUCCUUACUUUGAGGGGCCCCUACAGCAGAGGUGUCGAAUGGCCAAUGAUGCUCAUGGCCAUCUCAGCCUCUGUUAUCCAAGUUGUGGGCUUGAUCCCGCCCUACUUCGAGUUGGCAAAACGGAAUGGCAGAGUCAUCGGCAUCAACUUCUGGUUCCUCAUCAUCGACUACGCCGGCGCCUUCUUUUCCCUCAUGGCCGUUGUCGCACAGCAGUGGUUCGACGCCCUCGGCGCCAGUCUCUACAUUGCAUGCAUCGUACUCGAAACCGGCAUCUUCGCCUCCCAAGCCAUCUGGCUCUGGCGCGUCCGCCACAUCCGCCGCGAAGCCAAAAAGGCCGGUCUGUCGUACGACGCAUACACGGCCGCGCAUCCGGCGGAGAAACUGCCCCGCAAUGAAUCCUCUGAGACUGUUGGCGAUGUUGAAGCUGGGACGCUGCCGCAGAGGCCAGAGCCGCCGCUUUUCCCUGGGGAGAAGACUGGGUUUACCACGCCGUCGCGGACGGGGUCCGAGGCUACGGUGUUGGCGGAGGAGGAGGCGAGGUCGGAUAGACCACAGGUAUCUGUCCCGGCGACGGAGAGUCGUUGGUGGCGCCGCUGA